CUAUGCUUAUCUAGUAUUAAACUUAAAAAACGGAUGUCUUUCCAUCUUUAUCCUGUUACAGCGAUUUUAUAUAUUACCUAAGGAAUAACAUGUGUUAAAUAUGAACACGUGGACUUAUUUAAGUAGAUAUUUGAAAAGAAGGAGUUUUACUAAUAUGGAAAAAGACUGUGAUCUGGAAUGGUCUUUAGAGAUCAUCCAAGACUCUUGGAUAUGUGUUUAAUAGAAGAGGGAAAGUAUGGUUCCUUUCCAAACCUAUAAAUUUCACCAUUGUUUUACUUUAGUGAACACUUAAUUGCUGUAACAAGACCAAGAGGCACAUUAGGAAAGAAUGAAUUACAGGAAGAGCUACCAUCCCUGACAAAAGCCUUUAACCUCCCCUCCUUAUAGGUGAUCUCAGUUUAGCCUCUGAAAGCUUUGACCAUUGGCAGAAUAUGAACAAGAAUGAGCCAAUCUUCCAUCUCCUUCUGUUUUGCAGCUCUAAUUGCUCUUAUCAAGCCCUGCAAGGUCCUCAGCCCUGUUGCUGUCUACUGCAGUCUGCCAGUAGGGCCCAGGUACGCCAAGGGAUGGCGCUGAAAGCUAAGAAGGAAGCCCCUGCCCCUCCCAAAGCCGAAGUCAAAGCAAAGGCUUUGAAGGCAAAGAAAGCAGUGUUGAAAGGCGUCUACAGCCACACAAAAAAGAAGAUCCGCAUGUCACCCAUCUUCCGAUGGCUGAAGACACUAAGGCUUUGGAGGCAGCUUAAAUAUUCUUGGAAGAGCGCACCCAGGAGAAAUAUGCUUGACCACUAUGCCAUCAUCAAAUUCCCCCUGACUACCGAGUCAGCCAUGAAGAUGAUAGAAGACAAUACACUAGUGUUCAUUGUGGAUGUCAGGGCCAACAAGCACCAUAUCAAACAGGCUAUGAAGAAGCUCUAUGACAUUGACAUGGCCAACGUCAACACCCUGAUCAGGCCUGAUGGUGAGAAGAAGGCUUAUGUUCGACUGGCUCCUGACUAUGAUGCUUUGGAUGUUGCCAAAAAAAUUGGAAUAAUCUAAACUGAGUCCAGCUGCCUAAUUCUAAAUAUAAAAAUUUUACACUGUAAAAAAAAAAAAAAAA